AUAGCAGCAACUAUUAAAUUAGAUGAAUUAUGCCAAAAAAUAUUAGAUAUAACAGUAUUAAUAGGAUUAAAAGAUGAAGACAAUAAGAAUGAUAUUGCUACAGCAGAUGAAAUCAAAGAGUUUUAUAUAUUAGAAAAAAAUGAAUAUAACAAUAUUUUAAUUAAGACACUUGAUAGUGUUGUUAUUUCAGAAGUUAUUAAAGACAAUAUUGAAGAGAACUAUAGCAAUAGAGAAUUUGACAUUAAUGCUUUG